AUGAAGGUCGUUAUUUUUGGGUCCAGCGGUGAUCUUGCAAAAAGAAAGCUCUUUCCGGCACUUUCUAGAGUAAACCUAGAGGGUGUUGAGGUGGUUGGAUAUGCAAGAACUAAGUAUGAUACUGCAUUUUCGGAGGUCCUCGAGGAGGUUGGGAACUAUUCCCCCGAAUUUCUCUCAAGAGUUACCUAUGUUCGAGGAUCCUAUGACGACCUUUCGAAGCUCAGGGACAUUGUAGACUCUGAGACUGUGCUGUACUUUGCUGUGCCGCCUUCUGUUUAUGCUUGUCUAUUCAGCGAGAUAUCGAAGCUUGACUACAAGGCGGUUGGAGUUGAGAAGCCGUACGGAGAGACGAGUGAAUCUUUUGAGAAGAUAAAGGAGUUUGACCUGAGCAAGGCGAGGUUUAUAGACCACUAUCUUCUGAAGCCACUAGUGGUAGCGAUCCCUAGGAUUAUAAGGGAGUCCAUGGCUAUCCAAGAGGUGAUGAAUAGUAGGUAUGUGAAGGCUGUUGAGAUAACAUCAAAGGAGGUUCUUGGAGGAGAAGGGAGGAAUUACUUCGAUAAAAACGGAAUUAUAAAGGACAUAGUUCAAAAUCACAUGGCCGAGCUUCUCGGGGUUGUUGCAUCCGGCGUGGUGGACCCAUCGAAGACCAUAGAGGCAUCGGAGAGGCUAAGAGUUUUUGAGGCAUGCACCAUUGACGCUGAGAAAUGUCUUUAUGGACAAUAUGACGAUUACAGCAAGGAGAUUCACAGGGACUCCAGUACAGAAACGUUUUGUAUGGUUCCGGUGAGCAUAAGUUUACCCCGAUGGUCCAAGGUUCCCUUUAUCAUUGUUGCUGGAAAAGGGAUGAACGAAAAGAGAACAGAGAUAGCAGUUGAGUUCAAAAGAGAAGCGUUUGCGAAAUGCAUCGACCUCUUUUGUGGAGACCAGGCGCCUAGCAGGGUUGUCCAUAUUGACGAAAUAGAGACUGUGAGGCUAGUUUUCAAUAUUUAUCCUGAAUGCGAGGUUUUUCUAGAGGUUUUUGUUGGAGCAGAGCCUUCUAGAUAUGUUCUGCAUGAUAAGAAGGAGAUUAACAAUCUAAUGCGUGACAGCCAUGGAGAAUACCGUGACUAUGAGAUUAUUUUUGAUAGUCUUAUAAGAGAUAAGGAGUUCAACAGUGUAAGCUCCCAUGAGGCAGAAGUUCUGUGGAAGGUGUUUGAUCCUAUAUUGUCUAUGGACAAAGGGGAAAUGCUAUUCUACUAUUCCAAAGGAAUCGACAUGCCGAAGGAGGCUGAGGAGAUGAUCAGGAAAAUUAAAGAUCAUUAG